AACACACUGCUUGAAAUUCCCCCUGAAACAGUGUGAAUUUUUCACAUCAUAAACACCCUCCAUGUAUAUAUAUGCCAUUAUAGUAGUGUGAAAUGCUUCAGCCUCCACAAGGGGAGAGGUCUUUAGAGUACCCUCUUUGUUGUCCUUGUGGCCUUCAAGGUCACCCGGCUCUCUCUGUAGCAUCUGAUAAUGUAGGAGGGUCAGAAGCAUUCAAAAGGGUUGUGUUUCCUGGUCAUCUCAGGCAGGGGGCUGCAAAGUUCAGGAAAUGAGCUUGAUCUACUAGUUAUUUCAAAACAGCCUUCAUAUGAUGAAGGAUUUAUGUUGCCCACCACCCACCCUGACUUCAAAUAAAAAGUACAGAGGUAUGAAUUUCAUUGCUGCUCUCACGCUUCUUGGGCUGAAGCAAGGACCAUUAUUGUAACAUUGGUGUGAUCUAUUGGUGUCGUGCAGAGACCAUCUUAAAGGGAGGUUUUCUUUUUGUCCUUUACAGAAAAAUGAACAGCCAGUAUUUUCGCCUUGAAAUAUUCGCGUCUGAGACUGGUGAGCUGAAAGAUUUUUGGGAAAAGACAAUUAAGAAACAAACUCAACAUUUUGAAGCUGAGAAAGACCGUAAACAAAGAAGUGCACUGACAAAACUCAGAAGUGAAUGGGCAGAACGGCUAGAAAAACGAUUAAAAAUGAUAAAAGAACAAGAAGAGAAUGAAGAAGUCCCUAACUGAAGAUAACAUCAUGUACUUUUACGCAUUUGACUGAAUCACUGGUUUAAAUUAAAAGAAGAAAAGUUUGUGUUCAGACUGAGGCAAA